AUGGGGUCGAUAGUAAUAGACACUGUGCCUUCAUCUACCUGUGUCUUCAUCUACCUGUAUCUUCACCAACCUGUGUCUCCAUCUACCUGUGUCUUCACCGACCUGAAUCUUCAUCUACCUGAAUCUUCAUCCACCUGUGUCUUCAACGACCCGUGUCUUCACCGACCUGAAUCUUCAUCUACCUGUAUCUUCAUCUACCUGUUUCUUCACCCACCUGUGUCUUCACCAACAUGUAUCUUCACCGACCUGUAUCUUCAUCUACCUGAAUCUUCAUCUAUCUGUGUCUUCACCGACCUGUAUCUUCAUCUACCUGUGUCUUCACCAACCUGUAUCUUCAUCUUCCUGUUUCUUCACCCACCUGUAUCUUCACCGACCUGUAUCUUCAUCUACCUGUGUCUUCAUCUACCGGUGUCUUCAUCUACCUGUGUCUUCACCAACCUGUAUCUUCAUCUCCCUGUCUUCAUCUACCUGUAUCUUCAUCCUCCUGUUUCUUCACCCAGCUGUGCCUUCAUCUACCUGUGUCUUCAUCUACCUGUAUCUUCACCAACCUGUGUCGCCAUCUACCUGUGUCUUCACCCACCUGUGUCUUCACCAACCUGUAUCUUCACCGAGUUGUAUCCUCGCCGACCUGUCUUCAUCUUUCUGUUUCUUCACCCACCUGUGUCUUCACCGACCUGUGUCUCCAUCUACCUGUGUCUUCACCAACCUGUAUCCUCAUCGACCUGUCUUCAUCUUCCUAUUUCUUCACCGACCUGUGUCUUCACCAACCUGUAUCUUCAUCUAGCUGUAUCCUCAACGACCUGUAUCUUCACCGAUCUGUGUCUUCACCCACCUGUGUCUUCAUCUACCUGUAUCUUCACCGACCUGUCUUCAACUACCUGUGUUUUCAUCUUCCUGUUUCUUCACCCACCUGUAUCUUCACCGACUUGUAUCCUCAUCUACCUGUGUCCUCACCCACCUGUGUCGUCACCAACCUGUAUCUUCACCGACCUGAAUCUUCAUCUACCUGUGUCUUCAUCUACCUGUGUCUUCACUGACCUGUGUCUUCACCGACCUGUAUCUUCACCGACCUGUAUCUUCACCAACCUGUGUCUCCAUCUACCUGUGUCUUCGCCAACUUGUAUCUUCAUCUUUUUGUAUCUUCAUCUUCCUGUAUCUUCACCGACCUGA